GCUUUGCAAGAGAGGGAGACGAGACACUAUCUCCGGAGUCACUCUGCAUGGGGGCCCUGUGUGAACCGGUGACUCCUGCAGGAGAGGAGAAUGCCUCAGUACCAAGAGCAGGCAGAGAGCAGAUGGUCUUGGGUGGUGUUGCUGGCCACCUUGGUGACACAGGGCCUGACACUGGGCUUCCCUACUUGCAUUGGUAUCUUCUUCACUGACCUCCAGCAUGAUUUCCAAGCCAGCAACAGUGAGACAUCCUGGUUCCCCUCCAUCAUGAUCUCAGUGCUCCAUGCUGGAGGGCCCAUUUGCAGUAUACUGGUGGAGCACUUUGGCUGCCGUGUGACAGUGAUGCUAGGGGGAGUCCUGGCCAGCUUAGGCAUGGUGGCCAGCUCCUUCUCCUACUCCCUUAGCCAGCUCUACAUCACAGCCGGAUUCAUCACAGGCCUGGGCAUGUCUUUCAGCUUUCAGGGAGGCAUCACAGUAUUGGGACACUACUUCUCCUACCACCGGACACAGGCCAAUGCACUGGCCUCGGCUGGUGUCUCCAUUGGCACCACGCUCUGGCCCCAGCUUUCACGAUACCUCCUGGAGGUCUUUGGAUGGAGAGGCACCUUCUUGAUAUUUGGUGGGGUCUUCCUUCAUUGCUGCAUCUGCGGGGCCAUCAUGAGGCCUGUGUCUCCUAAGACUGAGUCAAUCGGUCCUCCAUCCGACAAAGUCCCUGCACAGGGUUGGCUAUUGACUUGCGGUCAGAUUUUGCAACGACGUCUGGCCUUUGAUGUCUUCCUCCAGAACCAGGGCUACCGCUUCUAUACCCUGGGUGCAGUAUGGAUGCUGAUGGGCUUCACAGUGCCCCACAUCUUCCUGGUGCCAUUUGCUCUGAGCCACAAUGUGGAAGAAGACAAGGCUGCUUGGCUCAUCUCCAUUAUUGGCUUCAGCAACAUAUUUCUGAGGCCCAUAACUGGGGUGAUAGCUGGCCGGUCAAAGUUUGCUGGUCACCGUGUGUACUUUUUCAUCCUGGCUGUCUUACUCAAUGGGCUUUGCAACCUCAUUUGUGUCAUCUCAGCUGACUUCUCUGUGCUGGUUUUCUACUGCUUGGUGUACAGCAUCUCCAUGAGUGGCAUUGGAGCUCUGAUGUUCCAGGUGCUCAUGGAUAUAGUGCCCAUGGACAGAUUCUCCAGUGCCCUGGGCCUCUUCACCAUCCUUGAGAGUAUCCCAGUCCUUAUAUCUCCUCCACUGGCUGGUCUACUUUUGGACACUACUGGCAAAUACAGCUACCUUUUCUACAUGUCCAGUUUCUUCCUCAUCUCAGCUGCAUUGUUUUUGGGUCUCAGCUUCUUUACCCUGAAGAAGAAGGAGAAGGAGAUGGACAGAACCGAGGAGACAAUUACUCUGGAAAAGGACCUCAACCUGAGAAGCACAGAGGACCCUGUGCCUCAGCCACCCCAAGCUGUCACAUAUGUGACAUAUGUGACAAGUGUCUGAGCCAAGGAGCUCUAGGGUCCAUAGGCCAGAAGUUCUUCCUGACACUAGGGCCUCCUGUGUGCUACUUCACUUGUUUUACUCUUAUCUCUCUGGUCUCUCUCCACUCAAGGCCCAGUGAAGCACUAGCCUCUUGUGAGCUCUCUUAACCUAUGAUCAGAAUGGCCCACGAACCCCUGACCCUAUGCGCCUUGAGGGGAUCAGAAAGAGGAACUUGCUGUGUCUUUUCCCAGUCCCCUGCCUCUCUCAUCCCAUGGGAAGGAGCAGCAAGGUCCAUCUAAGAGAGGACUAGCAAAGGCUAAGGGCAGUCCUGGGCAGAGGGAACCAGACUUGUUCUAGCAGCAAAGACCAAGAAAAACAGUAUGUUUGAAUUACACACAAGGACAUUGUUUCCUGGAGCAGCUGGCUAUAAAACUCUUUGAACUAAUGAAGUGAAUUAAUGAAGCACAGAAAAUAGGUGUGGGAACCAAUACACACCACACAAUUUUAAUUCUAAGACAGAAG